AUGACUGAAUCGGAGGGCACACAUAGUAGAGUACGGCAUUUGAAAUCAAUAUCACUGGCUAAUCUCUCAUUGAUUAGGCGACAUGAUGCACAAUAUUGGUUCAGAUUGUUUCCUUGCUUUGUUGUAUUGGAGGACAUUCAUAACAAUCCAAUAUAUGUAACCAAUACCCAAGAUAGCCAUUGUUCACUUCUGCAGUAUGAAGAUAUUAACGAGAUACAAUGCAGUGAUACUAUUUUCGGAGUAAAGGUUAUAGGGAAGUUUCCUGAACAGACUGUCGAAAAAGAAUUGCGGAACGAAUGGGUAGUCUUGAACCAUUAUCGUGUUGUUUUGAAGAGUUUAGUUUGGAUAGGAGAACAUAUUGAACUUUUAUUCAAUAGCAACUGUAACUUUGAACAGUUUUCUCAGUAUAACAUACCAAUAUUUGAAUUCAACGAUGGGUUUUAUAUGCUUCCGCAACAUGCUGUAUUUUUUAAGGUAGAGCCUAGGAAGCAGCAACAACAGCAGAAACAAGAGAUGCUAGUUAAGAAGUCAUUUAGUUUCAAUGGAAUGUUAAAGAUUAAUAAGAUCUUGCAAUAUAUUUCUCAAGUGAAGCAGGAAACAACCAAGUUUGCAGAGUAUAUUAGUGAAAAUUACGAAAUUACUGGCGAAGAACAGAAAUACUUUCAGGAAUGCAUAGAGAAGUACAGAGAACGUAUACGAAGAUUAAAAGAUACCUUAGAGACUCUUAGUGGAGAACUGAAUGCUAUAUCAAACAAUGAUUAUGACGAGACGAGUUCGUUAACGUCGCUAUCAAUGUCAAUGUUAGCUAACGAUGACUAUGGCUCAGAAUAUUCAAUCUUUGCACAAGACAAAACCAAACUAAGAAGUUUACAAGCCAAGAAACUAUCCCAAUUUUUCAACAUUAUAUCUCAUUUAAAAUUAUCAGAGUUUAUUAAUUUAGACGAAGCAAAAGAAACUGAAAACCCAUUCUUCAUUGAACUUAAACCUGUUUUCUUUGAGAAGGUUAUUGCAUCAUGCAACAGCGAAAAUAACAGUACCAACAGCAGUAAUGUUAGCACGGAGAGUAUAAAUUCACAACUGGGGUACUACCUAUUAAUCAUAAAAGUUCUAUCACAAAAUAUUUUAAUGGUUCCUCUACCCUACAAACUUUUAUUUAUGGGAAGUGCUUCAAUGGUAGAAGAUGAAUUGCCUUUGCAAUUUUAA